CCUCUGUUGUGACUCGUGAUUCUCACCUUCCUACUCCUUGUCUGCGGCUCUGCAAUAAAUAGUGCAUCACAGAUGAGUUCGGGCGCGUGCUGCGGCUUCUCGCCGUUGCUGUUUUGUCACAGGCCCUGCGGACUCCAGGUGCAGGCAACCAAAAGUCCCAAAAUGUCUAAGAGUCAAACAGGAGCGGAAGGCUUGAUGGAUGAUGGUUCGCCCGGAUCUACAGGCAACUUGAUUUUAACGAAUGAGCUAAGAAGGAAGAUCCUGACCUUUAGAGACACCAUGGACCUGCCUCCCUGUGAUGGCUCUGCUUCAAUUAAUGAGUUGGUGAUUUCAACAAUGGAGGGCCUCCAUAAGCUAUACCCUGAAGCCAUAGCCCAUAUCCCAAGUUCAGAACUGAAGGGUCUAUCGAUGGAACAGGGAAUGGUCUACUUUUGCAAUUCUUUGAAAUCCCUUCAGAAUUUAUCAGCAAAGAAUCAGGAGUGCUCAACACCCUGCAAGCCUAAUGAUCUCAGCAAUAUGCAGAUCCCUUCUGGUCGCAUUGUUGAAACAGUGUUGGAGGCACUUGAUGACAUGAUUAAUCUAGCUGGAGAGAGGUUUGAUAUGAUGGAUGUGGAAGAUCAGAAGAGUGAUUGUGAUUCAGGGGAUUCUUGUUCUAGCAACAGCUCCAUCUGCAGCUCUCCAGUAACCCCAACAUCUGUCCUCCCACAGCACACCAACUAUUCUGCCAAGGAGGAAGUGUCUGCAAAUAUUUCUUAUUCCCCAGCUCUUCUCUUGCCUCUAAGAGUCCAAGCAGUGGGGAAAUUAAGUUCGUUUGAUAUGAAAUGCCUCUCAUUUCACAAAUUCCCUCAUAACUCAGCCAAAUAUUCAAGCCCUUUGAUGCAGAAGAACACAGUUGAUGAACCAAAACCAGAGAUAGAAGCACAGAGCAAUUAUGAGGGAAUCAAAGAUUACAAAACUGGGGAAGAAUCUUCUACAAUUCCAGUGUCAAAUUUGAGAGAUGAUCGAACUGGUGAAACCAGCAACCCAGUCCUACCGCCAGUGCCACCGAAGUUGUCAUCAAAUGUAGCAGCAUCAACACCACCAGCCCCGCCAUCAUUGCCACCAUCACCACCCACACUGCCACAAAAUGCAGCACUGGCAAGACCACCACCAGCUCCACCGCUCCCACCUAAAACAUCCGGAAGUGUAAACAUACCACCACCUCCACCACCCAUGUUACCUUCAAAAGGAUCAGUGUCAGCCCCACCACCACCAACGCCACUAACAAAGGGAGGAAUUCCACCACCACCUCCUCCACUUGGCGUGGCAAAAUCUUUGCGAGCCAAGAAACAAACUACUAAAUUGAAGAGAUCAACCCAGAUGGGUAAUUUGUAUCGGCUUCUGAAAGGAAAGGUGGAGGGAUGUAACCAAAUUGGUAAAUCACCUAAUGGGAGAAAGAACCAGAUUGGGGGCUCUGCUGGUGGGAAACAGGGAAUGGCGGAUGCACUGGCUGAGAUAGCCAGAAGAUCAGCAUACUUCCAACAAAUUCAAGAAGAUGUUAAAAAAUAUUCAAACUCAAUCAUGGAGCUAAAAACUUCCAUCAGUUCUUUCCAAACAAAGGAUAUGUCUGAGCUGCAAAAGUUCCACAAACAUGUAGAAUCACAUCUCGAGAAGCUAACUGAUGAAACUCAGGUACUGGCAAGAUUUGAAGAUUUCCCCAUAAAGAAGUUAGAGACUUUAAGGACGGCAGCAGCAUUGUACACUCGAUUAAAUGAGACAAUCUCUAACCUUGAGAACUGGAAGAUAGAGGCUCCCCUGCCCCAGCUCCUCGACAAGGUUGAGCGUUACUUCAAUAAGAUCAAAGGAGAAAUGGAUGCACUGGAACGAACAAAAGAUGAAGAAUCCAAAAAGUUUCAGAGCCACAACAUCCAUUUUGACUUCAAUAUUCUUGUAAGAAUUAAGGAAUCAAUGGUGGAUGUCUCUUCAAGCUGUAUGGAGUUGGCACUUAAGGAGGGUAGAGAUGCAAAAGCAGCAAAAGCUGGGUCUAAAACUGAAGGACCAGCCAAGGGAUCUGCUAAAAUGCUCUGGAGGGCUUUUCAGUUAGCAUUUCGAGUCUAUACCUUCGCUGGUGGGCAUGACGACCGUGCUGACAAGCUAACAAGAGAACUAGCCCAUGAAAUAGAGACUGGGUCCCAGCACCAGUGACUUCUCAUAUCAGAGAAAACAACUAUAAAUAAUAGUAUAUGAUAUGCUUAAUAAUACUUGAGAAGUGAGGCAUUAAUCACCUGAAACAUAUUUUUUACUUGCCUGUGCAGUUUGUGAAUAUCAAGCGAAAGUGCUAAACUCUAGCUCUACAAUCCAUUUUAUAAUAUAUCUGUUAAGCAAUCGAUUUUGCACCUUCUUAGAAGAAUUGUUUUCUGAAACAACAUAGUUAUUGAUAAGUAUUUCCAACUUGUGUGGGAUAAUAUUGAAUACUACACAUACUAUUAAAUA